AUGAAACAGGAAGCUCUGAGCAAUUCAGUAGCUUAGAUAAGUGGAAAUUCUUAAUCAACUCAAAUGCUAGAAGAGAUAGAAAAAUAUAAUUGUUAUUGGAAAUAGGAAAUUAUUUUGAGUGAUUGUGAAGAAUAGUUUAUUCAAAUUGCAUCUGAUGAUGAAAGAGAUUGUGCUGCGACAAUAAACUUUGGAAAAGCUGUUAAUAUUUAAUAAGCGGAUAUUAAUUAAAUAACAGAGAUCUUAAACUAUUUAGAUACGCCAUAGCUAAAGAUGACUUCUUUAUAGAGUCCUUAAAAUGUUUUGAACUAUUUUUUGCCAAGUAGUUUUGUAUCUACACUUACGGAGAUGAUCAAUCAUUAUCUUUUAACGGUGUUAUAGGAGGAUCUAAAACAAUAACAAUAAUAAACGCAAUAAAUUUAUCACAAGAAGAAAUAUAAAGAAGCUGAGAUUUAAUUUUAUUUAGGGUUACAAAUUUUAUUUGGAGUUUAUAGAUUUCCAUAAUUGGAUGAUUAUUGGAAUGCUGAGUCUUGGUUAAGAGGAGGAGUAGAAGUUACAAUGCCAAUAGGUAGAUUUAAGUUUGUGGAUCUUCAUAUUUUUUCAUAUUUUGAUGAAGUAUAAAGAGCAAAGUUAUAAUUGGAAGUUAGAAAGUUUUCUAAGAAAUUAAAAGCACUUUAUAAUCCUGAUUAAGAGUUAAUAGUGGUAGAGUAAAAUCAAAAAGCAUACAAUGCAUACUACAUUUUUGACUAUGAUAGCUCUUAAAUUAUAGAUUUAUUGGUAGUGUGCAACAAUGUGAAAAAUGAAGACAGAAUUAAUAGAGUAAUGAGGAUGCUCUACAAGUAUUCAAAUCAAAAUCAUGUUACAUACAUAAUGUUCUAUCUGAGUUUGGAAAGGAUAAUUCAAUUAGUGGAUUAAUCCAUAUUUCCAGUUAUUCGUUACAAGAACAUAACUCAUAAUUUAAUUCAAAUGCUCCAGGACGGAGACUACCAGCUGGAUUAAUUAUUUUUAGUUAAAUAAGGCACUUAAGUGGAUGUUUUCCCUUAAAGACGCCUGAUAUCAAGUAGACAUUAUAUGACUUCCUAUGAAAAAAUCUAAGAGUAAUUGCAAGAACAUAUAAUAAAUCUUUAGCAAUUUCGAAGUAACUUUUAUUAAUCGUCGUAAUUAAAUAAUACUGAGAGUUUCCAUUAACUAAGAAUUGAAUUUGAGGAAUAUUUCGAAAUUAUGAUUCAUAAUACCUUCUUACUAAUUCAACAAACAUCUCCAUCUUAAUACAGACAUGAUCUAGCUAAAGUUCUUCUGAAUGAAAAGGGAUAACAGAUUGAGAGAGAUCGUAAUGAAGCCAAACGAAAACUAAAUGUCACAUACAAAGAAAAUUCCUCGAAUACAGAUCAUUUGUCCUUUGGAUUGUAAAGACAGUAUGCCGAUCAAUUUCAUACACCAAUACCUUAAAAACAAGAAGAUACCUUCAAAUAUUGUUUAGUUUGUAUGAAAUUUGAAGGUUUGACCAAACCAUAUUAUAGAUGUCAAUUAUGUGAAAAAAUAUUGAAUGUAAAUAAGAUUUUUUUAUGUCCUUUUCCUUGUUUUGAAUUAUUUCAUAAGAAUCCAAGCGAUUUCGUGGAUUGCGAUAUGAAAAUGCUUGAACCCCUUGGAGAUGGAGUAUAUUUUAAGAAUGAAUCCACUAUGCAACUAGUUAGUAAUGGAUAAGAAGAAGAUGCUAGUGGGAAAAAAAGAAAAUAUAAUAAACCUCCACCUAGAACCUAUUGGUCAUUCAAUAAAGAGAUUUAUAGAUAAGCAAAUAUCAAUGAUGAUCAAAAUUUGAAUGACAUCUUAAAUACUUUUAAAAAACCCUAAGCAACCUGCUCCUUCACCUAAUUUGCUAUAGCCUAUUGUCCCUUAAAUAAAAUAGUAAUAGAAAUCAACUUUGGGGCACAAAAAGGAUAUGAAAGAUAUUGA